ACCGGUGAAUUUUAAAUACCGUGCCCCUCCUUUCUACCCGUUUCCGAUUAAAGUCUAAUUUUAGCUAAUUGAAAUGAGUGAUUUUGUGUUGUUGGUGUUUGUGAAGGGACACAGCACAUAUUUCAAUAUGAUCUUUAUUCACAGACAGCCUUUUGGAAGUGCGUGACCAUGUUCAUGCCGCCUUCCAUCGGUAUUGUUACGUUUAGCCGUUACCAUGGCGUUUGUAGCUACAACACAGCGGUCUUUAAAUCGUCCGAAUUUCUCGCGCCAACCAAAAAGGCGGCUAGCUAGUCAAAUUUUUUUUCUCUCAGGCAUUUUAAAUGUUUUAAAUAAUACAACAAAUACAUUUAUUGUUUGUAUUUAGUGUUUAAAUAACGUGCAGCAGAGGCCUAACUCCCGUUCGAAGCCUUUAGCCGAGCACGCUAGAUAACAGUUGGUGGACGUGCGGAGAGAGAGUGUACUACAGGAUCAUUUCCUCAUACAAAAAUCACUCACGGAACCGCCACUGUUAGUUGUUAAACUGUGUUUCGAGUGUCGCAGAGUCUGACGUCUUAAUUCAAGAAAAUGAAUUAUGACCAUAGUUGACAAACCUCCAGAGAAAUCUGACCUGGAGUCAGUCCGGUGCAAGCACUCCAGCUCCCUGACAUCUUUCUCCUCCAGAGACAUGGAGAGCAGUAGUUCGAGCUGGAGUGUUGGGUCUUCUGCCACUGAGCAUUCAAGAGCCAAGACUGCCUGUAUGGCCCCGACCAUUGGAGCGACUGUGAAUGGUAGUAAUAACACAGCACUCCAAGUCGAAAGGCCCAGAGAGCAAGUGGUGAUGAACAGCGGGGAUGGCAUUGCGCUUCCUCAAAAGGUCUUGUUUUCCCCAGAGCGGCUCUGCUUGAAAUGGAACCAGGGCCACCGCAUUGGAGCAGGUCUCCAUAACCUGGGCAACACAUGUUUCCUGAACUCUACCCUGCAGUGUCUGACUUACACGGCUCCCCUUGCCAACUACAUGCUGACCAGAGAGCAUUCCAAAACAUGUCAUGAGCCUGGGUUUUGCAUGAUGUGUACCAUGCAGAAUCACGUCAUCCAAGUGUUCGCCAACUCUGGAAAUGUCAUAAAGCCCAUUAGUGUUCUUAAUGAAUUGAAACGGAUAGGAAAGCAUUUCAGAUUUGGGAGCCAAGAAGAUGCCCAUGAGUUCUUGAGGUACACAGUGGAUGCUAUGCAAAAGUCUUGCCUCCCUGGAAACAAACUGGACAGGCAAACUCAGGCAACCACUUUUGUACAUCAGAUAUUUGGGGGUUAUCUGAGAUCCAGAGUCAAAUGUUUGAAUUGCAAGGCAGUUUCGGAUACUUUUGACCCUUUCCUGGAUAUAUCACUGGAGAUAAAGACGGCUCAGACACUCACGAAGGCAUUUGAGCAAUUUGUCAAGCCUGAGCAGCUUGAUGGGGACAAUGCUUAUAAAUGCUCCAAAUGUAAGAAAAUGGUUACUGCAUCAAAGAGAUUCACCAUUCAUCGCAGUUCUAAUGUUCUCACUGUCUCACUGAAGCGGUUUACCAACUUCAAUGGAGGAAAAAUUACAAAGGAUGUAAGAUACACAGAGUAUCUAGAUUUGCGGCCAUUCAUGUCUCAGUCUCAUGGGGAGCCACAAAUCUACGCUCUAUAUGCUGUGCUGGUUCAUUCUGGUUUCAGUUGCCACGCUGGACACUACUACUGCUACAUUAAGGCUAGCAACGGUCAGUGGUAUCAGAUGAACGACUCAUCUGUAUCUCUCAGCGAUAUUAGAACAGUGCUUAAUCAGCAAGCAUACUUGCUGUUCUACAUUAGGUCACCUGAUGUGAAAAAUGGAAGCGACUUUAGCCAGAUGAACCAUACUCCAGGCCAGUCAUCUCCACGACCAUCCAUUCCAAUCAAGAUGAAUGGGCCUCAGUACACCUCCACAUCCUUCAUUGGUCCUCAGCUGCCACCUCAUAUGCUCAAGAACUCGUCAUGCGUUAAUGGGAAUGGUUCUUCAAAAGAUUACCAUGGUGGCUCCAAACCCAACAGAAGUUUCUGUGGUGUGACCAAAAUAGGUUCUGGACUAUCUAAUACAUCCUCUUCUGCAUCCGCUUCCUCUUCUUCUUCGCUUGUUCGGCCCACGGGCAUUCCCGACUCAUCCAAGAGGCCAAAGUUGACGUUUCUCAUUGGUCAGGGCAAGCCUGUGAGACCUGCUCAGACUCAGUCAAGCCCUAAUUGCUCUUUGUCGUCAGCCUCUCAACCUCAGCCCACAUCCUCUAGCACCUCAAUGUCUACCUCAGGCUUCCCACAGGUCAAGCAGGUCAAUGGAACUCACUCUGGAGCUUCUUUCUUGGUUCCUUAUGGUCAGGAAUCAUCUGAAGAAUCCGACCAAGAGGCUGGAGCAUUGGAGAAUGGAUUAGCUAAGCCUCAUCUUGCUCCCGAGAUUAACAAUGGGAAUGGGGUAAAGGGGGAUGCCCAAUCCCACAAUUCCAGUUCACUGCCUCAGUUUACGUCAAAGACAAACGGAUCUAAUGGCUUUCAUGUGUGUGAAAGUGGAUCAGAAUCGGCUCAUAAAUCCCAGAAUGGCCUUUCCAAAGCCAAUGGUUUUAAUCAUACUGAUAAGGUUAUGGGCACUUCACAUCCUUCAUCUCAGAUUUCUAAUACGUCUGAUAGUUCAGGAAUGCAAUUCAGCUUAAAAUGUGAAAACGGUGAAUCAAGUUCCAAGCCACUGAGUACUGAUGCCCCAUGCUCCUCACCUUCAAACAAAAGGAUGAACCCUCCUUCCGACGCUUUAUCUCAGUCUGAAGUACAUUUAGAGUCUGCACCUUCAUCUAAUGCCUCAUUGGUCUCAAAGACUGGAGACACUGACCUUCAUUGCCAGACAACUUCAAAAGUUGAGUCGAUUCCGAGCCGUGCCGCCCAUACAGCGGCUGGCACGUCGGACCGUCAGGUCAACAACAGUCUCAACCUCCAUAUCGGUGAUGGUCACACAAGUCCACACAGGUUAAAGGAGGUGUUCAGGUGCAGUGAAGGGGAAAGCAAAGAUUCAAAACCAUCACACUUAGACAAGUUCGGCUCUGGAGUUGGACAGAGGGUGGGUGAGGACGGGAAUAAAAUUUCACAGCGGCCACAUUUUUCUUCACCCCCGAAGGACAGGGACCAGGACAGGGACCGGGACAGGGACCGGUACAGGUACCACAGGGAAUACAGCGAAAGAAGCCGGAGCCGCUAUGGGUACAGUCAUCGAGAUAGCCGUCCUUUCAGAGAGCGCUCCUCCAGUAGAGACCGGCAUCACAGAGAUCGUGAGGUAGAGAGACACUGGGACAGAUUCUCACACCAUCGUCGAGAACACCACCACUCCCAAAGAAGACCCAGAGAGGAACGCAACUGGAGUAGAGAUAGGAGGUUUGUGAGUGAGACUUAUCGUCCUUCUGGACACCAUAACAGGGAUAUAUAUUCCAGUCACAGCAAUCGUGGGGUGGAGGGAGCCCAUGGAAGAACCGCCCUUACAGUGAACAGUUCAAAAAGCAGACGCUCAUCAUCCCGCUCUCUCAGCCCAAUGUCCGGACACAACAAGCGGAAACGGAGUCCGUCGUCUGAUGCAAGAGAAAGUUCUGAUGAAUGCAGAGCGAAGAAAUCUAAGAAGAAAAAGAGAAACAAACACAGGCGUUCAGAGAGGGAUCCAUCAGAGGGAAAUGAGGAUAGCAGCUCCAAGAGACAUAAGAAGAAGAAGAAAAAGAAAAAGAGGAGAAGGGAGGAGGAGGAGAGGCCACACACUUGGAGAGACAACGCUCUGAGGCGGGAAGAGCAUGAUACUAGAGCUAGGAAUGGUGCAGAGAGAGGAAGUCAGCACCACAGCUCUGAGUCUCUCAACAACGUCCACCGAGACCAUAAGGAGGACCAGCAACAGCUCAAUGGACAAAAAGCUAAUGGCUGUUACAGUGGAAGUGAACCUGAUCUUUGUCCUACUGGGACAGAAAAAGAUGUGAAAUACAAACAUUUUGAUCAUGCUACCACUGUCAACAGCACAAAGACACUCUCAAAUGGAAAUGGAGAUAUAGACGGUCUCUAUCACAGGACCCUUUCAGAUGUUCAAGAAGUCACACGUCCACAUUAAAGGGCAAUUGAUUUUUUUGAUCAUACUAAAGACUCUGGAAACCACCCAUGCAAGCAUGUGAAAGACAGGAAAACUACAGCUAAAGUUCCUGACAUGGUGCUUAACAUUUAGAACAUACUGUAUUUUUACCACGAAACGAUUUUUAAAGUUUCAUUAUUUUGUCUUUUUUUGUUGUUAUUUUUAAGGCUAUUGAUUUUUUUUUUAGUACACUUGUACAUAAAUGAACUUUGAUUGUGAAAAACAAAUUAUAUAUAAAGUUAAUAUAUGCGAUUUAAAAGAAGAUAAAAAAAAGCCUGGAGCUUAACAUCAGAAUUGCUGCUCAGACAUACAGACUCAGGAUUUUCUCACUUGUGAAGAUGAGACAAGCGCUCCCUUUAAGGAUACUAACCUGGGAAAGACGAGAACAUUUAUAUGCUGCAUCGGCGGAGAAAGACUGCUUGUCUUUUGACUUCAAGUUAUGAUGUCACCAUUUUCACAUAUCUGUUGAGAGAACUGUCUCAAAGGAGCAGCCUUUGCUAUUGCUACAUGUGCACUUACAUCACAGUUAACCUGGACACACUUGAGGACAUACGAUGUUUGCUUUGCUGUCUCUUGUACCUCUCCUUUUUUUAAGCAUCUCUCACUGUAUUACUCUCUCAAAUUCCUCGAUCACACCUAUCUAGAAUGCAAGUUCAUUGCAUCUUUUUUUGUUUUUAAUUCUCGCUGUUUCGUUUUCUUGAAUCCACUUUGAUUUUAGUCAUGAUGAUACUGUGAAUUUAAGUUGAACUGUACUAUCAGUUUGUUUUUGGUCCUGUAUCAGGAGUUCAAUAGAGACACUUUCUGUAAAGCCACUCGUAAUGUAGACCAUGUUCUCUGAAUGUUUGACGAUGUGUUUUUUGUUUUUGUUUCCUUCAGCAAAAUGAAAAAGACAUGACAAUGGUUAUAUUUAGCUUCUUCAUUUGACCGUAGCAUGUCAAAGUAAAUGUAUACAGUGUACAAUAUGUUGAGUGAGAGGAAACGGCCUUAAUGUCUGAAAUUGUAAUAUUUUCUCUCACUACGUUUACAAUAUUUUGUUGGAGUGAAUGAAGAUGUAUGUGACGAUGAGAAGUGUUUGGUUUUGUAAAAGAUGGGGUUUCCUUUUUACACAUAAAGAAUGACUUGUGGGAUUUCU